UCCCUCUUCUUUCUUUAUAGUCACUUGCCCUAGACAAAACGAACAGACAAACAAAGAACUUAAAAGGAUGUCGUGCUCCGUUGCGGUCUCCAAUUCUCCCGUAUUCUCUCCUUCAUCGUCUCUCUUCUGCAACAACAAAACUCCAGUGUUAAUUUCUCCGUCACCGUCUGAAACUCUAACUCUAACACUAACCCAUUUAAAAGCUUCGCAGGCUCCAUCGUCAUCAUCUUCUUCUUCUCCAUCAUCUCCUUGCUCUCCUUUACGGCUUCGGCUUCAGAAACCACCCUCUGCCCUCCCUUCUUCUACUUUGGCUUCCACUUCGGCUUUGUCUUUGGGAUCAUCGGCGUCGGGGACGGUGUUGAAGAGGAAGAGGCCGGCGAGGCUUGAUAUUCCGGUGACGGCCAUGGGGUUCGAAGUACCGAUCACGCCGGCGGUUGAGGAAGCGGUGAUAGAGAGAGAGGGGUCUGUAUAUUCCGUGUAUUGUAAAAGAGGGAGAAGAGAGGCUAUGGAGGAUCGCUUCUCUGCUGUUCUCGACCUUCAGGGAGAUCCCAAGCAGGCUUUCUUUGGUAUUUUUGAUGGGCAUGGAGGUUCUAAAGCUGCUCAGUAUGCAUCAGAAUACUUAGAUAAGAACAUUGUAAAAGAAAUUGACAAGAGGGAUGAAGAACAACUUGAGGAUGCAGUAAAACACGGCUAUUUGAACACGGAUUCUCAGUUUCUAAAGGAGGAUUUGCGAGGUGGCUCGUGUUGCGUGACAGCUCUGGUUCGAAAGGGAAAUCUUGUUGUAUCCAAUGUAGGAGAUUGUCGUGCUGUGGUGAGCAUAAGUGGUGUUGCUGAGGCCCUAACAUCUGAUCAACGCCCUUCUAGGGAAGAUGAGAAGAACAGAAUCGAGAACUUGGGUGGCUAUGUUGAUUUGAUCCAUGGUGUUUGGAGAAUUCAAGGAUCCUUGGCUGUAUCCAGGGGUAUUGGAGAUGGCCAUCUUAAGCAGUGGGUAAUCGCUGAGCCUGAGACAAAAAUUAUAAAGAUCAACCAUGAUCAUGAGUUCUUGAUACUAGCUUCUGAUGGCUUGUGGGAUAGGGUUGGUAAUCAGGAAGCAGUAAACAUUGCUCGCCCAUAUUGCGUAGGAGUUGAUAGACCAGAACCAUUGGCUGCCUGUAAAAAGCUUGUCGAUCUAUCUGUUUCUCGAGGUUCCACAGAUGAUAUUAGUGUAAUGCUGAUCCAGAUGAAGUGCUAUAUCUAAUUAUGUUGUCAUUCUUGGAAUUACUGCUGACGUAUCUGUUGAUUCAGUCUAAUCUAGUGCUAGUUUUGAAAACUCUGUGGAUUUUUUGUCCCAUGAGAGAAAUAGACAGAUCCAUUCAUUCAUUUAUUCUUUUUAGAAUUAUAAUUUUAUUUAUAGUAUGAAAAUAAUGACUUGUAAAUCUUAUUACAUAAAUAAUUUUUCUGGAAAUACAUUCACCGUGUCUAUGAGGUACUUGCACUUUA